UUGCCAUAGACAUUAUUUCCCGUUCUACAGAUCAAAAAGCUGAGGCUAUAGGGAGCUAUACAUUCUGUAUAUUUCCUAUUGAGAUCUGUAGCUCAGCUGGUAGAAUGCUUGCUUGGCCUGCGUGAAGCCAUGGGUACCAUUCCAAGUACUACAUAAACUAGGAAUGGCGGUACCCACCUGAAUCCCAGCAUUUGGGUGGUAGAAGCAGAAGGAUAAGAAAUUCGAGGUCAUUUCUGGCUAUAUAGAGAGUUCAAAGUCACCUUCGACUACAUAAGACCCUGCCUCAGAAAAGGACUUAUUUUCCAAAUAACAUUCUACUAAGUGUGCUGAUGGUCUUCCUAAAAUUCUGAAGAGGAGUAGACAGACAAAACUCCCUGUCAUCAGUUGCCUGGUAAAGACUUGGAGAGUGCAACAGCAUGCAGCUAGAGCUAUAGUCCUUCAGACUGUGUAAGAAGACACAGCCCACUAGAGGAAACAGGCCUGCUUGGUGAACUGGGCACAAAUUCAACAUCAGUGAUUCCACUGCAAACAAAGCUGGCAGAGUAAAAUCUUCAAUUCCUUUCUAUGGCGACUCAUCAAAACCUGGCCUCGAAGAUAUUCUAUUCAUGCUGCCGGGACUGUGAGCAAGCUGUCAUUGAGAGCUUCAAGACUCCCAGCCAAACCCAAGAGAACCAGCAACCAACCUACAGUUCGCAGUCCCAGAAGAAUGAGUUAAACAGACAAAAUCCCAAGCACACUAAUGCACAGUACCCCACUGGUCAAGAAAGGAGAUACUCUUCCAGCAGCAGUGAUUUUGAAGAGAUGACUGCAUACAACAUACAAACAGGAUACCCUAAAAAACAUCUAAACCGCUACUGCCAGGAACACUGGUCCUUCCAGCCGUGCCUCAUCGGGAGACCCUGAGGGUUCUAGUGGCAGCAUCAUCACACGGGUUCUGAGCUGUGCUGCUGCUGGAGGGUCUCCAUGAGAAUGAGGAGUGCAGUGGACAGGAUUCAUGAAGACUGAUUCGGAAACUCCACCACGGGAGGGGAGAGGUCUGAGCCAUCCCUGUGCCACCAGCAUGAGUCACUCCAGCGCCUGACACAGCCAGAGGGGGUGGGGGCUGCCUACAAUUAAAGUCCUUAGUCGCAUCA